AUGAGUUAUCACGACCGGAAGAACAGCGAUCCCCAAGAGGGUAGUAUUGCGCCAAGCUACCAUGAGCUCGAAACAACAAGAAGAUGGCAGACAAUCCCCCAAGAAGAUGAAGACAUCACAACUUAUGAUCCCUACACACCCCAAAUCACACGACAAGACUCAACCACCAAACAAGACCCGCCGCCUCAACAAGAUGAUGAAGAAGCUCAGAUGCCACUGCGCCAGGCACUGAAAAAAUACCCCAAGAUUGCAGGAUACUGCCUCGCCAUGACAGUCCCCGUCAUCGGCUGGGGUUACGAUCUCGUCAUCGUCGGCGCCGUCGCAAGCGUCGAUACCUUCAAAGCAGACUACGGAUCAAAAAUCGACGGUGAAAUGGAUAUUCCCGGUAACUGGCUAUCCCUCUGGCUUGGUCUUCCGCCCGCCGGUGCAGCUCUCGGAGGCUUCUUGGGCGGAUGGCUACAGAAUCGCUUUGGACGAAAACUUACGCUUUUAUUCGGAACGAUCAUUUCUGUUAUUGCUAUUGCUUGCAUUUUCUUCUCGCAUAUGCCUGAACCGCUUGAUACGAAGCGCAUGCUCCUCACUGCUGGUUUGACGAUUCAGGGUUUUUCGGUCGGUGUUAUCAAGACGACGUGCGUUACGUGGGUGUCUGAGAAUACACCGACGGCUUUGCGUGGAUCAGCUAUGGCUUUGUUUCCGGUCUUCACAUUGCUUGGUCAACUCAUUGGUCUUGCUGUUAUCAAGUUCAUCAAUGACAUCGAGAGCAGUAGUGGCUAUCUCGGUGCUUUCGGAUCACAGUGGAUUCUCUCCCUCGGCCCUUUCAUUCUUUCUAUCGUCAUGCCUGAAAGUCCUGCUCAUUUGAUCAGAACUGGACAAGAACAGAGGGCCAUCAAAUCGGCAACUCGACUGUUCGCACCUAGGGUCAGCCCAUAUGGUGCACUUGAGCGAAUUCGGGCUACAAUUGAAGAAGAAAAGGCGAUAACCGCGUCAGUAAACUACUGGUCUUGUCUAAAGGGUACGAACCUUCGAAGAACUCUCAUUGUUGUAUUGGCUUCCAUCAUGCCUGCGCUUUUCGGUCUGGAACUGCUCUCUAAUGCCAGUGUCUUCUUGACGUCACUGGGCAUGAAGUCAGGCUAUGCUAUCAUGUUCACACUCGCCGGUGUAGUCGCCGGAAUGCUCGCCAACGGUCUCGGGUUCUGGCUCCUUUCCCGCGCUGGUCGUCGCAGUUUGACCUUGUUCUCAUUGGCAUCUUCAACCCUCCUUUAUGGAGCUAUGGGCGUGACUGGCUUUUGGAGAAGCGAGACCCUUACUUGGGCCACUGGAGGGAUCAUGACAGCUGUUAUUGUCGUCUGUGGUAUGGGUGCAUGGCCUGCUGGAUAUGCCAUCCUGGGAGAAACCAGUUCUCUUCAACUUCGGUCUCUCACACAGGGCUUGGCUGGUAUCGCCGAGAAAGGCUUUUCUAUCAUGUUGGCUGUUGUUUUGCCCAUGCUAUUCAGCCGAGAUAAGGCGGCUCUGGGUGGAAAGACUGGGUUCUUGUUCUGCGGGCUUUGUCUGGUCGGUACUGUUUUGACCUGGUUCUUUAUCCCUGAGAUGAAGGGAAGGAGUGCGAUUGAGAUUGAUCACAUGUUUGAGAUGAGAUUACCGGCGAGAAGGUUCAAGGGCUUCAAGAUGGAGGUGCAUGAAGUUCAAGAAGCUUCUCCUCUCGCAUCAAAUGCUAACUUAUAG